AUGAUUAAAUAUUUUUUAGAAGACAAUGAUCCAGAAAAUCUCGGUUAUACUCUGAGUUUGAAAACUGGCUGUAUAUUUAUUGCUUCGUUUGGAAUUUUGCUGUGGUGUUCAGAUCUUCUCUUCGACAAACGAUACAAGAUCGUGACGUAUUUGAACGAGAGCCGGUACAAGCUACUAUACUCUGUAGUAUUCACUUUGUAUGUCACUUGUAUACUCGCCCUAAUUAUACAUAUAAUUAUACAUUACAAGUUGUUUCCUUUAUAA